AUGUUGCCAUGUCGUCCUGUUGGUACUGAAAAUGAAGUUGACAUUAAAAAGUCAAGCUAUAAAAAGGUAUCAAAAUUCUUGAAAGCUAUGGAAAAAAAGGGAGUUAUCAAAAUAAAAGAAUCUAAUCAAAAAUUUAGAUGCAUCUCGACCUCACAAACUACCGAAACUGAAAUAAAUGAAGUUGAAACAAAAACGUUAACUUCAGUUUUGGAUCUAUGCAAAUUCAGGUUAAGGAGUGUUUAA